AUGUUAGACGACAAAGUAGCCGUGUUGGAUUUCGGGUCGCAAUACACGCAAUUGAUAGUGCGUCGAGUUCGUGAGGUGGGUGUUUACUGCGAGGUAUUUGGUCAUGAUGUGAGUGAGGAUGUAUUGCGUGGUUUUGGUCCUAAGUCUAUUAUCUUAACGGGCAGUCCGAGGAGUACGAUGGAGGAAAGUCCGUUGAAGCCUGGUGAGUUUAUUUGGUCCUUUGGUGUGCCAAUUUUGGGUGUUUGUUACGGUAUGCAGGUAAUGGCCAUGUGUCUGGGUGGACGUACGGGCAAAUCGGAGAAGAGCGAGUUUGGUUACUCGGAGUUGUCAUUGGAUGUGGAGACAGGGCAAGCUGAUGGUGGUUUAUUCAAGGAUUUCCCGGUAACCUCCCGUGUGUGGAUGUCGCACGGUGAUGAAGUGUCACAGUUACCAGCCGGUUUCUCAAAACUCGCUCACAGCCAGAACUGUUGUUAUGGAGCCAUGGCCAAUGUGGAACGCCAGUUAUUCGCGGUUCAGCACCACCCCGAGGUGACGGAGACGGCGACCGGAGGCGUGCUCUUUGAGAACUUUUUGCUCGGCAUAUGCGGCUUGCGCGCCACCUGGACGCCGGCUCGGAUUUCACAGCAAAUGAUCGACAAGGCCGCCGAAGAACUCAAGGAGGGAGGCGACGUUUUGUUAGGACUCUCAGGCGGCGUCGACAGCAGCGUAGUGGCCGUGAUUUUACACAGAGCCAUUGGACCGCGAUUAAAAUGCGUGAUGAUAGAUCAUGGUCUUAUGCGCAGUGAUGAAAGCAAAAACGUCGUAGAGGCCUUCCGAGCGGCCAGCGAAGCGGGCUCGGGUAUGUUGCCUGAAGUGCACGUAGUAGACGCCCGAGAGCAGUUCUUUUCUGCGCUCAAAGGUGUCACGGACCCCGAGGCGAAGCGACGCAUCAUUGGUCGUGAAUUCGUCGAAGCCUUCGACCGCGAGGUCGUGACCAAAUACCCCAAUGUCAAAUAUCUCGCUCAAGGCACCAUCUAUCCAGAUGUUAUAGAGAGCGCCAAGGUUGGUAACGCUGCCUUGAUCAAGACGCACCACAAUGUCGGCGGCCUGCCCGAAAAAAUGAAGCUUAAGUUGGUUGAGCCAAUCCGCAUGCUGUUCAAGGACGAAGUUCGAAGAGUCGGCGAGAUACUCGGCCUCCCCCACGACUUCGUCUGGAGACACCCCUUCCCAGGCCCCGGUCUGGCGGUGCGGAUUUUGGGCGAAGUCACCCCUGAACGGGCAGAUAAGCUCCGAAAAGCGGAUGACAUCUUCAUCAAGGAACUUUUCCGCGCUGGAUGCUAUCACAAUAUCUCCCAGGCCCUCGCGGCACUUAUCCCCAGCAAGGCUGUGGGUGUCAAGGGCGAUGAACGUGUCUACGAGGAGAUGAUCUCACUCAGAGCCAUCCAUACUACCGAUUUCAUGACCGCCACCGUAGUUGACCUACCGCAUCAACUCCUGGUGAACGUGGUUAGACGCAUCACCAACGAAGUCCCGGGUAUCAGCAGGGUCCUCUAUGACUAUACUGAUAAGCCUCCCGCCACCAUUGAAUACGAGUAA